ACAUACUCUCAACACACACAUACUCUCUCACACACACACACACACUCACACACACACACACACACACAGUCUUGAGUGCGGUUCUACUUCUCAUCCUUGUUAAGAUGUCCAAGGAGUCCCAGGUGUCUGAGACGUCUCAGGUGGCCAAGACGGUGCUGGAGCUGGACGCCACGGAGGCUCAGGGCCUAAAACAGGGAAUCAACUUUAGGAAAAACAAAGAAGGAAAAUGUUUCAUCAUCUACAAAAAUAAGAAUGUGAUCCGAGCCUGCAGGAACCAGUGCAAACACCAAGGAGGACUCUUCAACCAGGACAUGGAGGACAUGGACGGCAGGACUGUUCGCUGCUCUAAACAUUUUUGGAAGCUGAAUGUGGCCACCAUGAAGUACGUCAACCCUCCAGACAGCUUCGCCCAGGACGAGCUCGAGGUGACACAGUGUGAAGACGGGCGGUUGGAAUUUGUGGAGUUGGACCCUCCUGACCCUUGGACAGCUGAUCCCAGAAUUGUUGAGGAACUACAGCCUGGAGAGGUUACGCUGACAUACAUCACACACGCAUGUGUAGAAGUGAAGGCGGGGUCGAAGCGGAUGAUGUUUGAUCCCUGGUUGGUGGGUCCAGCGUUCGCUCGUGGUUGGUGGCUUUUACACGAACCUCCACCUGAUGCACUAGACAGACUCUACACAACAGAUCUGGUCUACAUCAGCCACAUGCACUCAGACCACCUCAGCUAUCCCACACUGAAGCUACUCUCUGAGAGGAGACCAGAUUUAUCGAUAUACGUCGGAAAUACAGAGCGUCCUGUUUUCUGGUAUCUUGGGAAAAGUGGCGUGAAACUGACAAACAUCAAUGUUGUUCCAUUUGGCGUCUGGCAGAAUGUAGAUGAACAUUUGCGGUUUAUGAUUCUGAUGGACGGCAUCCACCCGGAGAUGGACACCUGUAUUAUUGUGGAAUAUAAGGGUCACAUGAUUCUGAACACAGUGGACUGUACACGCCCCAAUAAUGGCCGCCUCCCACAUGGAGUGGAUGUGAUGAUGGGUGACUUCGCUGGAGGAGCUUCAGGAUUUCCCAUGACCUUCACAGGGGGGAAAUACACUGAGAGCUGGAAGGCAAGUUUUAUUAAAACUGAGAGGAGGAAGCUGUUGAACUAUAAAGCUGAGCUGGUGAAGACCCUGAGGCCGAAAGUGUACAGUCCCAUCGCUGGCUACUUCACCGAGGCACAUCCAUCUGACAGGUACAUAAAGGAGACGAACACAAAGAACGACCCUGUGGAACUGAACAAACUGGUCAAAAACAUCUGUCCUGAGGUUUUCACCUGGACACCUGCACCAGGCGCCGUGCUGGAUCUGUGCCUCGCCCUCAAACAAGGGGACGCAGUCACCGAGCCGCCCGAUGGGACGAAGAUCUACAAGGACAACUGGGACUUCAAGGUUUAUCUGGAUGAACUGAACACUGCGGUCUCGUCCCAAAUCUUCAAACACAACCACUGGAUAGAAUUUUACUACAAGUGGGCCGCGUUCAGGGACUACAACCUGGUCGUACGGGUGAUGGAGACAGACGAUGAUUUCCAGCCGCUGAAGGACGGGUACGAUUACCUGGUGGACUUUCUGGAUCUUACUUUCCCUUCAAUGAGACCAGACCGAGAGCACGCCUACUUAGAGAUUAAGAACCGAGUGAAUGUGAUGAGGUACCUGGUGGUGAACGGCUUGCUGUGGGAUGAUCUGUACAUCGGCUUCAACAACCGCAUCUGCCGAGACCCAGACGUCUACCAUCAUAAGUUUUGGAAGCACUUCCAGUCAGAUUUGCCAACAGCGCCACCCGACUGGGACGCGUUCCUGGAAAUGGUUCCUGCUCAGGAUUCCGAAAGCUCUUCCUGUAUUCUGUCUUAAACACACACACACACACACACCCAGCACUACUGAAGAUAAAUGCUCAGGGUAUCUUUCUAGUGAAUGUUUAGGUUUAAAUGAAGGUUUGGGGCUAAAAUAAUUUUUUUGAAAAAAAUCAUUUUGCAAGCAGCUGAAAGCAACACGAAAGCAGUUGAAACUGAAUUCAGUAACGUGUUGACACUACACACAGGAGAACAGAAGGACUCAGUUUCAGUUUCAGUUACUGGGAGGUUUUAUAUAUAAAAGGAGUAUAUAUAGUUCAUAUAAAUGAUGGUUGUUUGUAUCUCAGGGUCAGG